AUGGAUCGAUUCCGGAUGAUCUUUCAGUAUUUCCAGUCUAAUUCAGAAUCGGUGAUGAAUGGGAUUUGUGGACUUCUAGCUCUGGCUAGUGUCAAGAUUUACACCUCCUUUGAUUUCAACUGUCCCUGCAUCCCCCAGUACAAUAUGGCAUAUGGCUUGGGGAUAAUGUUUAUACCUCCCGUGAUCCUGUUGCUCUGUGGUCUCAUUGUCAACAAGCAGUGUGUAGUGGCAAUCGAGGAGUGGAAGAGACCCACUGGGAACAGAAAGAAGAACAUGGCUAUUAUCAGGUACAUUUGUUCCUCCAUCCUGCAACGGGCCAUGAUUGCACCCAUUAUUUGGAUCAUAGUUACCCUCCUUGAUGGGAAGUGCUUUGUCUGUGCCUUCAGCAAUUCUGUUGACCCUGAUAAGUUUUCGGGUUUUGCCAACAUUACCCCUGCCCAUGUGCAGCUGUUGCUCUCCAAGGUUGCUUGCAAGGAGGAUGAGCUCAUGAGGAAUAACACUUCCCGCAAAGCAGUGUCCAGGUACCUCCGAUGCUGGUCACAGGCUCUUGGCUGGAGUAUACUAUUGACGCUUAUAGUGAUAGCUUUUCUUGCCCGAUCUCUCAGGCCCUGCUUCAAUCAAGCUGCCUUCCUGCAGACUCGCUAUUGGAGUAACUACAUCGAUAUUGAGCAGAAGAUAUUUGAUGAAACUUGCUGUGAGCAUGCUCGAGACUUUGCACACAAGUGCAUCCUCCAUUUCUUUGAGAGCAUGCAGAAAGAAAUCAAGCUAAGGCGAUUCAAUGCUCACAAAGAGGAAGAGGAAGGCAAAGAAGGGGAGAAAGAUCACUUGCGAGGAAUCACCAGCGAGGAGCAGAUGAACAAGCUCCUUCAGUCAUGGUACUACAGCAAACCACAGCUGGAUCUGAGCCAAACGACACAGCGGCAAUGCCUGAGCACAGACAGGAAAUCUAUGCAUUUGGUAGACACCAUGACUAAUAGGUGGCAUCCCCAGCCAGGGACCACAACUACAAGACAAACAGAUGUUUAAAAGGAAACUGGCAGCAUUGAUGUGUGCCUCUCUCAUAAAUACCACAUAACAUCUCUUAGGAAGAGAGUUACCAGCUCAGGAAAAAAAAUUGCCUGAUGAUCUUAUUUAUAUCUUACUGUUCUCCCUAUUGCGGACCCAAAGCAGCUUACAACAUCAUUUCCCCCUCCUCUCUUUUAUGAUACAACAAUCCCACAAGUAGAAUGGUUAGAAUGAGAAUGACUGGCCCAAGAUCACCAAGUAAGUUUCCAUGGCAGAGUGGGUAUUGGAACCCAGGCCUCUCUGGUCCUAAUCCAACACAAUAACCACUAUAGCAUGGUGGCAGUCACCACACCACACUGGUUCUUGUGCCUUAAGUAUAAGCUCAAUAAGCAUGUGUAACUGUUUAUGGCAAUGGAGAAGCUAAGCAUAUCAUCUGCUAAUAUCCACACAAACUGUUAUUAAAGGCACAAGAUAGAAGCUCGUUAAAAAGAAACCAUGGCAUAGCAUAAUGGCUGAGGUGUCGGUCUAGGAUCUGGGAAAAUCCCCACUCUGCCAUGGAUGCUGGGUGAUCUUGGGCCAGUCAUACACUCUCAGCCCAACCUACCUCAAAGUGUUGUUUUGAGAAUAAAAUGGAUUAGAGGAGAACAAUGAAAGCUGUUUUGAGUCCCAUUGGGGAGAAAGGCUGGAUAUAAAUGGAGUAAAUAAAUAACUAAACUAUAUCACAGCAAAGGUUUGAAAGGAAGAUCAAAUAAUCAGAGGCAAUAAAAUAUUACUAAUGUAUAAUAGGCUGUAGGAAAUCCUUCAACAGAAAGAACUAUUUUCUAAAAAUCCAGCAGAGAUUUGUAAGGUAUUGAUAAAAGUCUCUUUUGGUUACCUUCUGUCUUUAAAUAAAUAGUUCCUGUUCAAGCUACAAAAAAGGAGAGUUUGAAGCAAGUAGAUAGCAUAGCACAACAUAGCACAACAAAUGUUCUAAUCAUGUGUACUGGGCCUAGCAACGAUGCAUAUCAGAAAUGUAUGCUAACCAUAUACAGACAAUCACUAUUUCAUCUGAAAUGGGCACCACACAUAUUUUCUGCUUCAGUACAUGCUACACUGAACAAUGACUUGUUCAGUGUACAUGUUCACAUGUACUGAAAAUGAAAAUAGGAGGGUGCACAAUUCAGAGGAAAUGGUCAUCUUAUGUAUUGGGAGGAUUGUACAUAAUGCACGCUUCCUGUGUACACAGUUGGAUACGCUUAUAUGUAACCACUUCAAAGAUCACCUGUGCAGAACAAUGAUAGCCCAGCAGCUCCAUUUUGUAGAGAAAUAUCCAGUUAGGAUAUGUUAGAUAGAAGGACUGUAUUGUAGGGAGGGGGGGGUCUCAAACGUUUCACUAAUGAGUUAGGGACCAUAGACUUCACCACUUAGUUGCCUGACAUACUUUCUGUUGCUUUAAAUAUAUGAUCCUAUGAGCUACCUGUGCUUCAUGUGGUCUAAUGUCAGCCCUAGAAUUGCUGUUUCAGCAUUUCUUCAACUCUGUAUUGGAUUCUUGUUAAUGCUCUGUCUUUGUAAACUUGUGUUUAUUUACUCUAUGGCAUUGUUUAUGGAAAUGUCUUUGAAAUUGACUGUACUAAUCUUACACUGUAUAAACUGCCCUGAGUCUCAGUGAGAAAGGAGGACUAUAAAUCUUAUAAAAUUAAUUAAUUAAUUAAUAUUUGGUGGUAGAUGCUAUUUGCCAUGGUUGGGUAAUUACUAAUGCUAAGGUUGUUAACAUUAGGUUGUUUUACACUACUAAUAGAAAAACUUUUCUGAUAUCCACUCUAUUUUUGUUUCCUUCCAGUUUGCAACCACUGGUUCUUGAACCCACAAUCCUCUGUAGCAGGGCUUUUUUUCAGCUGAAGGGCAAUCUAAACUCCCCUCCACGGAGGGCAAUCUAAACUCCCCUCUGUCUGGAGAUCAGGGGGUGGGGCCACCAGCCAUGUGACCAUUUUCAAGAGGUUCCAGAACUCCGUUCCACCACGUUCCAGCUGAAAAAAAGCUCUGCUCUGUAGCCAAUAGCUCAACUCCAUGCUUUGAGGCUCUGAGAUAUCACUUUAAAACCAAAAAUAUGGAGAAAAGCAUUUGGGAGGGGGGCGGGUUCUAGUCAUUGGAAUGGUGAGAUAUAUUCUUUGAUACAAUUGCAGUUUGGACCAGAGAAUAAAAGCACUAGGAGAGGGAAGUGAAAGAAGAACCAGCUGUGGAUCAUGUAUCAAACUGGGCUGUGCAUGCAUUGAAAGUUAGAGAGCCUAGGAAACAUGGGAUGAGAUGUAUGUGCUGAGCUGAAUUCAUAGGAGGAAAUGAGAGUCUAUGUGGUGAUGAUGCCCAUUCCAUUCCCUAAAAUCCCUUUCUUCUGUUUCUAAAAUGGAACUGUGUGCAUGUGUCACAAAGCCACAUAAUGUUGUUGGCAGGCUGGUAGGAGGACCAUGUAGCUGUGAAUAGCAUAGGUACCCACAAGUCUGCUAAACACAAUAGUUUUGGCCAGUUAGCAUGAGCAACCAGCAAAUGGUCCACAACACCUCUGGAUCCUGGGAACCCGGUUGACCUUGUGUGAGGGGAUGGGUUCUAUCCUCUCCCCCAAAUUCCCACUGGAAAUAAACCAGUAGGUUCUAUAAUUCAAAUAAUAUAUUAAAAGGACCACCCAGCCAUUGGCUCUUUGUUCUAUCCCUGAUGAGCUGGAGGAGCAAGGAGGAAAGCUGGAUCCUGCUGUUUGCCACACUGGUCCCAAGAUAUUUUAGAUUAGGUUAGGGAAUGUAUUUGGCUCAUUUGAUGCAUUUAUAUUUUGAUUGCUCUUUGCCUUUGUGUUUUGCCUGAGUCAACUGACUCCUGUGCUUUCUGUGUUGGUGUCAAAAUAAAAUCCUUUUUCUUUUA